CUUUUGAUAAUACGAUUUAUUGAUAAAGUUAAAAAAAUGAACAUUCAGUAUUCCAAUUAUUUUUCUGAUUUAUGUAAUUAGACAAAAAUAUUAAAUGUCAUAAUAUUUAGUGUUUUAGACUCCUUCUCGAAUUUUGAAGCGUAAGCCCAUAUCUGCCGUUUAUCGAUUAUUUUUUACUUUUUGUAUAUGGGUUUUAAUCUUAUCUCAACAUUAAAAAUUCUUAUUAGGACAUAAAUUAGGGUUAAUAGCAAAUAAUAAUUUAAGUUGUCAAUAAUUAGUAGACGGAUCUGUCUGAAAGUGUUAAUGUAUUUUUAAUGAUAUUCUAAAUUACCAAAUUUUGCUUCUCGACGUGCUAGUUAGUAGCUCAACACUGUGAUUACAGUUCACAACACCUAAGAUGAAAACGUAUUGGUGUUUUUUGAUAUUUGUUUUUACCUAUGAUGGUUUUAUGCAGGGUAUUAGUAGUUCUUCUUCAGAUAAUUCGUCAAAGUUAGUUGCUGUUGUUGUGUAUGGAAUAAAACGCCUCUACAAAUUGGGACAGUGGUUACGAGAACGUUAUAAUCACUUUUUAAGCGACAUAUACUCCCGUAAAGAAAUAUAUGCGUAUGCUCCAGACUUUGACAGGUGUCUAAUGUCAAUUACAGCCAGUUUGGCUGGCAUGUAUCCUCCGAAAGGGCACCAAAUCUGGAACGACCACCUAUCGUGGCAACCCGUCCCUGUCCAUACUACAACUGUCGACACGGAUCAAAUUUUUACCAAUAAUCGUUACUGCCCGAAAUAUCACCAGUUGUAUCUCCAAGCCAAAGAAACUGAAACGUCAUUUUUAAAAAAUAAAUAUAGUAGCUUUUUUGAAUUCAUUCUUAAGAAAACAGGAUGGACGAAUGCUGAUAUAAGUGAUAUCAGUAUGGUUAGAAGUGUUUUUUAUUGUUAUUUAAAUUAUAAUACUUCAUAUUUGCCAGACUGGUAUAAAGAAGUUGACCUGGAGCUACUGGAACAUUUAGCAGGUAUUAAAUAUGCAAUUCCAACAACAACUCUAGAACUUACCAGACUGCAAGUAGGUCCUUUUUAUGAUUUUAUUUUUAAUCAUUUCAACAAAUUUGUCAAACCAACUUUCGAAAUACGCCCUGCCAAAUUUCUAAUGAUGUCAGCUCAGGACACUUCGAUGGUGCCCAUUUUAGACAGUAUCGGAUGUUAUAAAAAUACACCGGUUGGUUUUGGCGAUACCGUCAUAUGGGAAUUGAGUCAACAAAAUGAUAGAUAUUAUUUGAAUUUAUUUUACAAAUGGGAAGAUAAGUUGGAACAAAUGGAUUGUUGUUUGAACUGCGACUACGAGCAAUUUCAAAAGAAUCUGACCUAUAUAACUGUUGAUGUACAUCAGUGGAAGAAAGAAUGUAAUUCUGUUUAAACUGUAAAUUAUAUUUUGUAGUUUUAUUUUUCUA